ACAGUCAUUGGUACUGAUGGCUGGCUGUCAGCAGCCAGCUCACUCAGGCUCUGCUAGUGGCUGAGAGGCUGGCCCAUGGCUGUUCUUUUCAAUUAAAGAGGACCUGGUUAGAGUUGACAGAAAAGACACCGUCAAUAACAGGAUGUUAAUGCUUGACGGAAUGCCUGCGGUCCGAGUCAAAGCAGAGCCCCUGGAAUCCGAGCAAGGGUCUCCUAAAGUCCAUACUUACCCUGACAUGGAGGCAGUGCCUCUAAUACUGAGCAAAGUCAAAGUGGAGCCUCCAGAGGACCUGCUGUCCUCCCAGCAGUUCCAGACCCAGACUGAGCCUGUGGAUUUGUCAAUCAACAAGACCCGCCCAUCUCCACCCUCAGCCAACGCCUCACCCAUUACCUCUGCAUUUUCUCCAUCCUCUUCAUCUUCCUCUUCGUCGUCCUCACCAUCCGUCAUCACCCCCAUCUCGUCGAACAUGCCCUCAGUGUUGACACCGGGGCCACUGGUGGUUUCUCCUGGGGCGGUGCGGAAUCAGCAGUUUUUGCACAUUAUCCACCCCGUGCCCCCUUCUAGCCCCAGCAAGGUGACCAAUCAGGUUCACCGAAUUCCCGUAGUGGUGCAGUCACUGCCACUAAUGUACACCACGGCUGUCCGCUCGCCUGCUAACCUCAACUCCACCAUCAUGUUACCUCUACUGGAUGAGGCCAAGGCCCAGGGCAAAGAUCCCAGCAGCUUGUCGCCAAGACAAAUCAGAAAUGACAGUGAUGAUGAUGACCUGCCGAAUGUAACCUUGGACAGUGUUAAUGAAACAGGAUCCACUGCGCUGUCUAUAGCACGAGCAGUGCAAGAUUCUACGUCACCAUUCAGUAUUGAGAGCAUCAGACGCCCGCGACGGUCCGAAUCCCCUGACUCUAAGAAGCGACGCAUUCACAGGUGUGACUUUGAUGGCUGCAAUAAGGUUUACACCAAGAGCUCCCAUUUAAAAGCACAUCGGAGGACGCACACAGGUGAGAAGCCAUAUAAAUGCACAUGGGAUGGCUGCACAUGGAAGUUUGCUCGCUCGGACGAACUGACACGGCACUAUCGCAAGCACACGGGCGUAAAACCCUUCAAAUGCGCAGACUGCGACCGCAGCUUCUCCCGCUCGGACCACCUAGCCCUACAUCGUCGCAGACACAUGCUGGUCUGAGCCAUUCAUCCCCUCUCAUACACCUGCACCCCACACAUGCACAUACACCCCACCCCCCUCCCCACACACACACACACACACACACACACACACACACACACACACGCACACACACACACACACACACACACGGGAGAGCUGGGUCUUUCCCUGCGUAUGUUCAGCUGGGCUGGACAAACUUAAUGCUGCUCCUGCUCUCAAAAUGGAAGGAGAGCGACAGGUAGAGGAGCAUACACAGAGCAAAA